UUAAAAGAUAACUAGUAAAAAUGGCUCAAAAUAAAAUGACUUCUAUUAUGAUUGAAACUUUGUUUAAAAGAAAUUCUGAUAACAAUCAAGCAUUCCAGAACGGCUUGAGAAUGGUGAUUCUUCCGAAGUAUAAGACCCAGCAGAUUACCCAAUCUGAUCAGAUCCAGCCGAGGCACUCUUUGAAGCAAGCAAAUAUUAUCCGGCAUCGUCCGAGUUCUCCGAGUUUUUCGCGCGCAUCCAGCACUACUGAAGAUAUUCCAAACUUUUCUCCUCUGAACGCGGUGUCUCUUGAGUUGAACAAAGAGAACCUCAGCUCAGCAAGUACUUCAAAUUCUCUUAGUUCUGACCAAAAGAGCGAGGAUCUGGGUGAAGAUCUACCUGGGAGUCGAUUACAUCCCAGUAGUCCUCCUGAUAGCCCAGAAGUCAAGUCCUCAGAGAAGGACACUAUCCCCACAGAUAGUGAAAUACCUUCAACGUAUUGUGUUUGAAGUUGAUGAAGUAAAUCCUUCUUCAGCCUCGACUCCUCCAAGACACUCUGCUAUCGAUGUCGUGUUAUGCUUUCAAACCAUAACAAGAAAGGAAAUUCGUGUGAUCGAAGUCUUUGUCGAAUAUGUAGAAAGUUAGAGGAGAAUAACCGCAUACGUAAGGCCCUGAAGUAUCAAUCUGACUUGCAAAAACAAAGAGAGCUCAAUCAAAAGUCUAUCUUUGAGCAAGCCAGAGUAAAGAUGCUCCAGGAUCUUAGAAGUGCCUGCGUUUCUGACACCAAGUCCGGGCUCAAGUUCGGAGACCUCUUCACUGAAGAGGAUAAUUACUUGGCUAAAGUCAGAACGCAGGCGUAUAUGCAAACUAUCUGUACCUAAAUCUUUUAGUCAAGAAGAGAAGAGCUGGGUGUACAAGGAAGCCUUCCUUGUAUACCAGUUCCUCGAAGUGGAUCUGGAGAAAUCUCAACAGAUCCUUGAUUGUUUCACCGUAAAGGAGAAGAAAUCCGGGUUUAAAAAGGUAGCACUCGUGUUACAUCCCGACAAAAACAAGCAUCCUCUGUCAAAGGAAGCUUUCCAGAAGGCUAUGCAGAUAUUCAAUAAAUAAUCCUUCUCGUUCA